CUCAAUUCUUAGUUGGACUGCAUCUUACUACUACUUUUUAUCUAUACUCCUUAGCAUCUAUUAGCAUGGACUUCUUCCGACCCUUCUGGGAGAGCCCCCGCAAAGGUAGCCCUGACAGUGAUACCAUCGACAAUGAUACCCUUGACAGUGAUGGUCCCGAUGACGAUAUCCCUGACAAUGAUAUCCCUGACAAUGAUAUUCCUGACAAUGAUACCCCCGACAAUGAUGGCCCCGAUAUCAAUACCCCCGACAAUGAUGGUCCCGACAAUGAUCCCUUCGACAAUGAUACCCCCGACAAUGAUGGCUACGGCAGUGACAGUUCGGCCGGCACGGUCGUAGGACCAAAUAAACCCCAAAGACCAUCAAAGACAAUCCUGGACAUGUUAAAAAAGGCAACUCAAAACGGGUCGAAAAAAGUAGCCCUAGACAGAUCAAUAGAACUGAUUGAGGGCGUGGGCCUCCAGUACAUCCAGCCUAGUUGCAAAAAUGCCAGCCCAGCCUCCCAAGACGCAAAGUCGGAUGCCUCUACGGAAGACAUGAAGGCUGUGGUCGAGCACGUGCAUGAGAUACGUGGUCAAGAAAGCGUCACGGGGCAACCCUUCAAGUAUAGGACCCGAAGAAGCGACACGUCUCCCCUCUUGGAUAGAUCCGACGAAUGCGUUCUGGCCCUGCGACGCGUAUUCUCAGAAGACUACAAGACGCUGAUCGAUACCUUCCUGGAUGUUCAAAGCCCUUUGAUCCUGAGGGCCUUGAUGGAGGCAAUGCCGGAGGAGAAAGCGAGACUGGAAAGCAAACCUUCGUUCAAGUGGCCAUAUGACCGUCUAUUCAGAUAUCGUUGGAGAAUCCAUGACGCGGCUGUCAACGAGGGCGAAUUGUGCGUCAAGCAUGUAGCCGUGCUCUUGGACCUCAUUCUGGAAGAGUACCAGUCUCGGCUUCGGGACAUCAAUGCCAUGCUUCCCAAGGGCACGGCGAGCUUUGAUAUCUUAGCGGACGCCUUUUCCCCCGGUGAUGUGGUCGUCGAUCGGGUUUCCGAGGGUGCGCGGGCCUAUCGAGUGACCAGCUCCUACUAUAAGAGUUCACUACCAAGGGAAGUACCAGACGGGUCUGAUAUUUUCGUCAUCGAGUACGAAUAUGUCGACCAUGAUGGCCAGACUUUUGGAACCGUGUCUCGCCAUGCGGACAUUGCUCGGUUUGAGGGGAUUCGUUACCUGACCGAGCUGGCGUUGUUUCCCUUCGAAUCCCACCCGAAUAUUGAAGGCCUCAGAAGAAAUUUGAUGAGACGAGGCCUCCAGUUCGAGGAGCUGAAGGGACAUCAUUUCAAGGCAUACUGGGAUCCCCGAAGCGAGACUCCCACUCGGGUUGUUGUUAAUACCCUCGCCAUCCGUGGAUUGGAACCGCGAAUGCGUAUUAAAGUCAACGACAUGUCAGUUAGACUGGAUAGUGGCCAAUUGAAGGCAGACGAUCUGAUUAUCUGCACCGACAAGGUCCCAUAUUUCUCACUGGACGAGAAAGCCUUUCUCUGGGGGGAUCCGGAGUAUUUCGAGGAAAUCCAGUUCGACGGCGAACUUUGGCACGAGCUGAUUCUCUCCGAGAAUAUCAAGCGCGUCUUGCGUUCUAUGACGGCAAACCAUCUCAAAGGAUACAAACUCAACGAUGUCAUUGCGGGCAAAGGAAAAGGGCGUGUGGUCCUCCUUCACGGACCGCCAGGAGUUGGGAAGACCCUGACUGUGGAAGCAAUCGCUGAACACAUCGAACGUCCCUUGUACACUAUCACUCCCGGCGAACUCGGUGUGUCCAGCGUCGACAUAGAGCGAAACCUGCGCCGGGCCCUAGACAUCUCCACGGCCCUCCGUGCCAUUCUCCUUCUUGACGAAGCAGACAUAUACAUGGAGCAGCGGGUAUCAGGCAAUAUUGCCCACAACGCCACCAUUGCCGCGUUCCUUAGGCUGCUGGAAUAUCACCAAGGAGUCAUGUAUCUCACCACGAGCCGACCCCACGUCAUCGACACGUCCUUUCAUUCACGGCUCCACUACUGUGUUAAUCUGCCCACCCCCAGUGGCAACGAACGAAAGGAAAUCUGGGCAAACUUCGCGCGUCGGACUGGCGGAAUCAAGCUCCCACCUAAAGAACUCGACGAGAUUGCCCUUCAAAACCUCAGCGGCCGCCAGAUCAGGAAUACCCUCUCUAUGUGUACAGGGCUAGUGGCCGAGGAAGGCAACGUUGGACCGAAAACGAUUGGUGCUAUACUGAAUACAAUGGGAUAUAAUCAGGGCUGAUGGGAUUGAGGCUACGCCUGUGGGGGUGUCGCUUGAAUUGUAUGUUCGAUACGGG